AUGCCUGGGGAUGACUUGAGACAAAGUUCCAUUGCGAUCCUCGAUGUUCCCCUACGUGGCCUCGAUGGAACCCUCGUUAACUACUGGGUCAUUCAAGAACCUGUUUUCCCCUUUAUCACGGCUGACGGUCGGAUUGUGGCUUCUUCAUAUGGGUGGACCACACCAACCAUGCCAGGCAGUCGACCAGCGAUGACAAGCUUGGAUUCCAGAAGUGUUUGGAAUUUUCUACCAUCUAGCGUAAGGUUAUUUAGUGUAGAACAGCAUUUCAAGCGACUGUAG